UCGGUGGGGACGCUCGGCACUCCCCGUUCAUGCAAGACACCGAGGUAGCGAGGCGACGGCGCCCUGAUGUCGUGGAUGUAGCGACAUCCAACAACGUAUCGUCCUAUUCAGCAUCGUCGUCGUCGAGAGGACCGUGGGCGCAAGACGAAGUCCACCGCUUGACGCAUGCGCUCUCGAUCUUCCAUGACGGGCAGUACCACGAUAUAGCCAAGGUCAUUGGUACGCGGUCCCCGCAGCAGGUCCAAAUGUACCUUCAAAAACACCGCGACGCCCUCUCCAAACGUCAAGUGGGCCACCGACGUCGACGGAGCUGGGAGGAAGGCCAACCGACCAACAGUGCGCCACCGCCGAUGGUCCCACCGACCCCUCCCCUUCACGUCACCCCUCCUACUGCGCCGCCGUCGUCGAUGGCAAACCAACGCCAACGCCAAUCUCACCCCACGUACUUGCACCCGCCGCCGUCCCUUGCCCGGCCCACGCUUCCAUCUCCUCGACACGCGUCGUCGACGCCGCGAAACGGGACCAACCGGUCGGUGGAAUCCAUGUGCGAUUCCGUGCUCAACCAGUUUCCUGGUGCUACGUACCGCGACAAACUGCUCAACUUUUACUACAGAUUCAACCCGUCCAAAGUUCACGAAGUCGACCACAUUCUCGGCCUCUUCCGGAACCGCGAGUUGCGCCUCUUUCUCAACCUCUCGCUCAAGUAUAAACUGUCGGAAUCCAUGCCACAGGAACUCAUCACACAGCGCAUUCGUUCCCUCCAACGGACGCCCACGCCCACCGGCGCUUCUUCCGACGCCCAAGACUCCAACCUCCGCCUGCUCAGCAGCAUCGUGCCACCACCGCAAACAUUUCACGACACCAGACCAUUUCUACCAUCGCCGAUGGCACUCCAGCAACAUCAUGGUCAUGGCGGUGGGUCGUCCGUCCUGCCGACGCUACGUCCCCCGCUAGCGGCGCUCACGCCGGCCGCCACGGCUGUCUCGACCGGUCGCAGUCUGUCAGCAGCGUCGUGGUCAGCCAACACGACCCACGCAUACCACAUCUAGCUUUUUUAGGUCAUCUCUCGGUAAAAAGAAACUCCAACAUCUUCAACAACA